CUUCCGCUGCUUUUCCUUUCUCCUUUCUCCUCUCUCCUCUCUCCCCUUUCCUCUCCCCAAGCAGGCGGGGCGAGCGAGCCCAGCAGGCGUCUCUCCUCUCGUCCAUCCGUUUCCUCCUCCCCCUGCUUCCCGGCUCGCCUCCCUCCCCUCCCUGUGCGCCUCUUUUCAUGCGCGAGGAGGGACCGUGGGGACCACCACCACCAGCACCACCACCUCCAUCCGUGCGCCUCUCGCUCUCGCUGGUGGUGCUCCUCCUCCUCCUCCUGCUCCCGGGGCGGGCGGCCUCCUUUUCCACCUCCUGCUGGUGCCAGGGCCGGGAGGGCGUCGCGGAGGUGGCGCGCAUGGGGCUCGCCGGGGACGGGUCGGCGGACACCGCCCACCUCAGUAAUAAUGAAAAUGGGCGGUUCAUUUAUGGAGUUGCGAGUUCUCCUGGUAAAAGAGCAUCGAUGGAGGACUUCUAUGAGGCAAGAAUAGACGACGUUGAUGGAGAGAAAAUUGGAAUGUUCGGUGUAUAUGAUGGUCAUGGAGGAGUCCGAGCAGCUGAGUAUGUUAAGCAGCACCUUUUCAGCAAUUUAAUCAAACACCCAAAGUUCAUCACUGAUACCAAGGCUGCUAUCGCCGAAACUUACAACCUCACAGAUUCAGAAUUUCUGAAAGCUGAUAGCUGUCAAACUCGAGAUGCUGGCUCAACUGCCUCAACAGCUAUUAUUGUAGGUGACCGUUUGCUUGUUGCAAAUGUUGGAGAUUCUAGAGCCGUUAUUUCUAAAGGAGGACAAGCGAUUGCGGUUUCAAGGGAUCACAAACCUGAUCAGACAGAUGAGAGACAAAGAAUUGAGGACGCAGGGGGCUUUGUUAUGUGGGCUGGGACAUGGCGAGUGGGUGGUGUUCUUGCUGUCUCUCGCGCAUUUGGUGAUAAACUCUUGAAGCAGUAUGUUGUCGCUGACCCUGAAAUCAAGGAGGAGGUGGUCGACAGCUCCCUUGAAUUCCUCAUCCUUGCUAGUGAUGGACUCUGGGAUGUUGUCACUAAUGAGGAAGCUGUUGCCAUGGUCAAGCCUAUUCAGGACCCCCAGGAAGCAGCAAACAAGCUUCUCGAAGAAGCGUCCCGAAGGGGAAGCUCUGAUAACAUCACCGUUGUCAUCGUCCGCUUCCUAUAUGGAACUACCGGUGAUAAAUCAGGCGCAGACAAAGAGACCACCAAUGACCAAAACUCCUAAUUACCUCCUGUAGGGAUCCCUCAUGCGUGUGUUUUCUUCUGGCUGUUGUAUCUGAUGCUCAAAGUAGAUGCUCCGUGUGUCUUCCGCUGCUGUUCCGCAAGGAAACUGACUCCCCCGACCGUCGUCGUGAUGCUGCCCGCUCAUGCUCCUAGACGGGAAUGACUGCCGCAGAAUGACGAAUAGGGCUGGUGUGUGUUACAGUAUGGUCCUUUACCCCUCCUUUCCAUUAAGCUCUGUGAUGUAGCUGUCCGUGCUGUUGAUUCAUGAGAUCAUGCUAGAGAUUUUUCCUGGCAGUGCGUGUAAAACUGUCGAACUAUUUGAACGAAAGUUGUACACUGCAGUAUGUAACAA